AGUUUAAUGAGGAUUGCACUGCAACAGUACCCUGUGAAAAUUCCAGUUAUUUAAUAUGUAAUAAAGGCAAAUGUCUUUGUAACACAACGUCCUACCACAAUGCCAAAGUAUGUUAUCCAAGAACCCGUCUAAUUCCAUAUAUAAGCGCCAUCAACAGUUCAACAUCACAGUUCUCUGUGUUCUGGAGCCAUCCCUCUGUGGAUUUUGACCUUGUCAUCGGCUAUACGGUCUACUGGAGGCAGAAUGGUGGUUCUACAUCUCAACAAGCAGUUGAUAGGGGGAAGAAUACCACCAUUAUCAACUCAGGCCUAAUGUCUGGUCAGCGGUACAUUGUAACUGUUUCUGCUGUUGUCAGGCUAACAGAUCCAGAGGAAACCAUUACUAUAGACUCAUAUGGGAAAGAAGUGAGAUUAGAUCCACUUCCACCUGGUUCUAUAUUACACAGUGAAAGUUCUUUUGUUCACGACAACCUCACCUUAAAGUGGACUCCUCCAUCCGAUACCUUCUUUACCAUAUAUAUGAAGUAAUGAUUGACAGCACAAUACAGUUUACUGCAGAUAGUAAUCCAAGGAUCCAUUUUACAAUGAAAUCAUUGACCCCUGGUAAAUACUAUGUUGUCAGUAUCGUGACAAUCAGUGGUACAUUGAGUGAUGAAAAGAGGAGUACAGCCUACAAUGAGACGAUCAGAAUUACCCCAACAAGACCGGGUCCACCUAUUAAAGUAAGUUGUCCACAACACCCAAAGGACAACUCUUUAGAAAUAUCUUGGGAGCCUCCCACUAACCCUAAUGGAGAGAUUGUGAUGUACCAGAUUCACGUAAAUCCUGGAAGUCCUACAGGUUUCAUCAUUAACACACAAAACAAUGUGACAAAUUACAAUGUCAUGGGGUUAAGUCCAGAGAGAAUGUAUAAUUUCACUGUGCGGACAAUCAAUGAUGUAGUAGAAACACAGAAAGUUAGUGAUCCUAGUGAGGUUAUCAACUGUUCAACAAAACAUGGAGUAUCUACCCCUCCAACUAAGUUAAAUAUAAGUGAAAUUGGUAGCAGAGGUUUUAAGAUUAGUUUUGAAAAACCUAUAAAUGUGAGCGGUCAGUUAGCUGGAUACAGAAUCAUUAUCAUGGAAGGAUCCGCCUGUGUACAAGAGAUCUUUCUGGAAGGAAACUGUCCGCAAUGUAAGGAUAUAGUUGACUGUGCAAACCCCCAGCUCAUCCAAAAAUCUGAGAUAACCCAGCCUAUGGUACACCAAGUAACUGAUCUAAAACCUUACACCCAUUACAUUGUUAAAGUGGCAGCAGUGAAUGGAAAUGGUGAAGGACGCUUUAAUAAUGCAACAGCUAAGACUGCUGAGGAAACUCCACAAAAACCUGGAAGUAUAAGAGCAACUAAUAUAGAGGCCAAGACUCUGACAUUGUCCUGGGAUGUAGCAGGUCCCUCACCUGGCAACACAACAUACACUAUAGAAGUGCAUGAAGGGACUGAUGAUACUGGAACAAACUUUAUCCUGAAAGAACCAAAACUAAACACGUACGGUUUUCACCAGAAGUCAUUGUCCAUAACUGAUCUGGAGGAAUACUGGCCGUACAAGUUCAAAGUUAUUGCUGCUACAAUUAAAGGGACUAGUGCAUCAGAUUUAUCAGAUAUUGUCAGAACAAAACAAGCAGCACCAGGACAAGUAGAAAACUUCACUAUCGAAAUAAGAGACGGAGAUUACAGAAUGGUAUAUGUCACAAAUAAUGAGAGUAUGUCCGGUCAGGUUGUCCAACAAACCUAUACUGUACCUGCUGGGCCUCCUCCAAUAGACAAAAACAUGUCCCUGAUAACUACAAAACCCGAUGAACACAAGCCCUCAUAUCACACCAUCACAGUGGAUGUUAACAUAGAUUUCUUCAAAAAUGACUUAAAUGGAAAACAAGUACUAUUUGGAAUAGCUGUAUGUGAAGAAUCAAAAUGUACAUUUCAAGGAACAUUAAAUAAGAAAGAAGACUGGGAGGCUUUACCUAACUGGAAUAUUGCCAGUAAAUCUGGAUUUCCUUUAUACAGAGUCACAAAUGAAACGUACAUGGAAGAAAUCAGGAUUGAAAAGAAAAUUGACGAAACUGCAAAUGUAGGUGUGAUAGUUGGAUCCAUAAUUGGAGUAAUAAUUGUGAUUGUUGUUGUUAUAGUGGUUUUGAUCUUCCUACAAAGAAGAAACAGGUGCUGUAUAUAUGUUUAUCUCAAAUUGGAACGAGGAUCACAACCAGAAAAAACAUCUAUACCUGUGCAUCAAUUUGUUAGCCAUAUGGAGGAUGUUAUGAGAGACAGUAAAUUAAAGAUUUUUCGUGAAUUUUCUAACCUGCUCCUAUCAACUGGUAAAGAAAGUAAAAGAAUAGGAGAAUCAAAGAUCAAUUUGCCAAGAAACAGAAACAUUGCUGUUUCGUAUGAUUUCAAUCGGGUAAAGCUACUAGAAGGGAAGAAGGGUUCACGGAAUGACUAUAUAAAUGCAAGUUUUAUUUUGGAACACCACUAUAUUAUGACCCAGUAUCCACUACCAAAGACAAUUGGACAUUUCUGGCAAAUGGUGUGGGAACAGAACGCGCCCUCUAUUGUAGUACUAUCUGAUGAGGACAAUGAAAAUAUCAAGGGUGACCAAUAUUUCCCAGUCACUGAUGGCGCAGUACAUUCCGUGGGAGUCAUUGACAUAGAACUGCUUGCAACAUUUAAUAUUCUUGAAAGAGCGACUUUACGUAAAAUCAGGUUGUCUAAGAACUCAUUCUUGCGCGGAAAGGAAAUGAAGAAUGUAAACCACUAUCAUGUUUAUGGUCUGAAAAUGGCAAAUUUAUCUGAGGAACUACAAAGUUGCAUAAACCUUGUAAAAUCGAAUGAAAGAAAUGUAAAAGAAACAGGACCAUUGAUUGUGCAUGGAGGAUGCUCUGGGACUGACUAUAGCGGAGUGUUCAUCACAACGGAUUAUCUAGUUAAGUCAAUAGAUUCAGGUGCCAAGGAUGUCGAUGUAUACCGGACAGCUUUGAAGGUUAUGAAUGAAAGAAUGUCCGCAAUUAAUACGGAA